CUUUAAAACUGAAACUUAUUCUCAUAUCGCAAUUAAUUCUAGAUUUAAUAAAUGAGUUUUAAAAAACAAAUGAAGCGAAUUCGACUGUUUUCCCAUUGCACUAAAACUCUACAUUUGAUUAAUCCGAUAAAUUAAAAUGGAAAAACCUGUAAUGGCUAAGGUCGAAAAAGUCAAUAAAGGUCCAACCAUUGGUGCCAGGCAUAUACAAUUUCUAUUUCUGGCUCUUCUUGGAUUUUUAGUGUAUUCUACCAGAUUUGGAUUUUCCGUAUCGUUGGUUGCAAUGACAGAAAAUUAUUCACCAAAUCCUGAUAUACCAUAUUAUAACUGGAAAAACAAGAGCCUAAUCCUUUCCAUGUUCUUCUGGGGUUAUACAUUGCCCCAAAUAGCAAUCGGUAUUUUAAGUACCAAGUUCGGCACCAAGCCCUUUCUUUUAAUAGCACUUUUUAUGAAUUCUCUGUGCAUGUUCUUAAUUCCGACUAUAGCCGAACAUUUUGGUUCCCAAGGGGUUAUGGCUUGCAGGCUACUACAAGGAUUUGCACAAGGAUUAGUGGUACCUUGCGUACAUGGAGGUAUUGGAAAAUGGGCACCGCCUAACGAGCGAUCUAGGGUUUAUGCUUUUCUAAGUACAGGUUAUAUGCUUGGUAUAGCAGUAGGUACAGGAACAACAGGAUUUAUUUGCGCAUCAUGGGCAGGCUGGCCUCUAACCUUUUAUUUAUUACCAUCAUUGGGCUUUUUAUGGGUGAUUAUGUAUUAUUUCUUUGGAGCUACAAGUCCAGCUACACAUAAGACUAUAACAGAGGCCGAACAAAAUUAUCUACAGAUAUCUUUGAAGUCGCAGGAUAUUUAUAACGUGUCUAUACCAUAUCGUGCAAUGUUCACUUCAUCGCCAUUUUGGGCGCAGCUUAUUAUGGCUUUAUGCAGUGGUUGGGGGUACAGCAUAUUUACAACGGAAAUGCCCAUUUACAUGGACAAAGUUAUGAAAUUUGACAUAAAAUCGAAUGGUGUAAUCUCUGCCCUUCCACCUAUUUUUGUUCUGUUAGCCAUUAACGCUACUGCAAUUGUCACGGAUUAUUUGAUAAAGCACGAUUGUUUGACUCUUACUAAUACGCGAAAGCUAAUGUCUAGCAUAGGAUCAUUUGGAUGCGCAGCUUUAAUGCUUAUUUUUGUUUACAUACCCAAUGAUAGUAAGAUUCUAUGUGUGGUGAUAAUGAUAGCAGCAAAUGUAUUACGUUCCAUAAACGCAGGUGGAUUUAACAUAAACCAUCUAGAUUAUGCACCAAAUUUCGCAGCAGCCGUCAUGGGAAUAAUAAACACAUGCGCUGAAUGUUUUUCGUUCAUCACACCGAUGGCUAUCCAGUAUAUUGUUUACGAUGAAGUUUGUUCCAACAGCUUCAUUCUGAUGAGUCUCUGACUCGUACAUGGAUGCAUUAGUAAACAAACCACUGUCAGUCCAUUUAUUCGCCCGUUGUUUCAUUAGCGACUUGUACUUGUUGGAACCCAAAGUUCAAAGGAAUUGGACUAACCAACCACAUCUUUGGUGAAUAGGUAUUUUAAACAUUAUUUAAAAUACAACAUAAUACAUUUAUAUUCGCUCAGUGCGAAGUCAUGGUAGGGGAAGCCAAAGCGAUACCAGCGCUAGCUGCGGAUAAUUCGUUAAUUUUAGGUCGAUAUUUUGUAAUUUUGGCAUAUCAAAUAAUACACGUAUACAU